AUCAACAAUUUUGCACGAUUUGAGUCACGUUUUACCAACGGAUGAUGAAUUCCUUAAAGACAUGGAAGAAAAUGUAAAAAGAGGUUGGAUUUAUUACAAUGUUUACUUGCAAGGAGAUAAAAUCACUUCCGCUUCCAAUCGCAAAGAACAACUUGCUCGGCCAAUACGCAAGAAAUGUAAGGAGUCCGUUGGUGGCACAGCAAAAGAAUUCAGUUCUCGAGAAGAAACGAACAGAGGAAAAAUAGUGAAAGAUGGAAAAGCUCAUAAAGAUCAGAGAAGAACAUCAAUAACGGCAGACACAGCAAUAAGAACUGCAGUCAGUGAUAGUGUUAUCAUAUCUGAAAAUAGCAUCACGAAAGAGAAGAAAUCAGUGAAAUGCUCUCAAGAUAGUGAAAUCGAAAUAAGCAGAAUGCAUUUGGUACAACCUCUUAAAAUAGCGUCAAACUCAAGAGUAACGUACGAAAGGAAGCGACGACACUCGAAAAGGCAAACAAAUGCUCGAGCUGCUUUGCAACAUAAACCAAAAAGUAUCUCAACCGCUAAGGAGCGUCGAGGUGUCAAAGUUUUCGGUAUUAUUUUAGGUUGUUUUGCAAUUUGUUGGACGCCGUUUUUCAUAAUGUAUGUACUGGUGCAAUUCUGUUCAUCGUGCCAAGUUGAUCCGCACAUAUGGAUGUUUAUCACUUGGCUAGGAUACAGCAAUUCGGCAAUGAAUCCAAUUAUUUAUACGAUAAAGCAGGAACAACGGGAAGCAUACAAUAAUACUAUAAAAUCGAUAAGAACUUCAAAGAUUUUAACGAAGAUAAAGCAAGGGCAACAAGACAUGAAGAGAAGUGGUAUUGUAAUGGCAGUGAUAGGAGAUGAUAUCGUCAUCUCAACCUUUCCGCGAUACAAUUAA